AUGGUUUUACGAUGGUAUCAGGCAAAGCUUGCUCAGCGGCCACUGAUGACGCAGGCGGUGAUGAGUGCAGUUCUGUUUGGCGCUGGUGACACUUUGGCUCAGCAGGCAGUUGAAAAGAAGGGGUUCAGAAACCAGGAUGUGGCUCGCACAGCACGAAUGGUAGGAUACGGUGGCUUGGUUUUCGGUCCGGCGGCAACCAAAUGGUAUCAGUUCUUGCAGAAGAAAAUCAACUUUUCGAGUAACGCAGCAACGAUUGCUGCUCGAGUAGCGGCCGAUCAGACGAUAUUUGCGUCCACCAAUAUGGGCGUGUUUCUUUCGACAAUGGCCAUCUUGGAGGGUGGCAGUCCAGCCGAAAAGCUCAAGAAGAGCUACGUUUCUGGCCUGACGGCGAAUUGGAUGCUGUGGCCACCGGUGCAAGCCGCGAACUUCAGUAUUGUUCCACUGGAGCACAGAGUAUUGGUCGUGAAUGUGGUCAGUCUGGGCUGGAACUGCUACUUGAGCUAUCUCAACUCCCAGUGA